AUGAUAAACUGGUUUCAUCGUCGUAGGGGUGAACGAGAUUACGUCUCGCUCUUGUACAAGACUACAAACUGUUACGCAAGUUGGGAUCCCCUACUCCCAGUCGAGGUCGGCGACUACGGCUACCUGCAGAAAGAUGGAUCCUUUGCGCCCAAAGGCAACAUUUUUAAGGACGGUCUUGCGGAGAGAUAUGAUAUCACGAAACAGGUCAGGGGAUGCGACCAAAUCCGGUGGGUUACUUCUGGAAACGCGAAGGAGGUAUCAUUUGACCCGAAUGUGAAUCUUUCAUUCGACACAAUUGCGGAUGCGCAUCUCAAAUACAAGUUCUCCUUCUCCGGCCAACGCGCCGCUCUGCUUGCGAUGUACGAGCCUCAGCUCACAAGCAUCACCUACCCCGCCCGCCUAUCUCGUCUGCUCUCCUCCCAGGAAUGGAAAAACCAAGUCAUCGUCUCCGAGGGCUAUACCUGUCGCUCCUACGCGCGCUUGCUCACAUGGGACAGGAAGCGUGAGGUCACAGUCGGUCUCGGCGCAUCUGCUCCCAUCAUCGCUGCACUGGGGUUUCCUGUGAGCGCUGGAGGAGGCAUCGAUCUGAGCUGGAAGACGAGCACACAUAGUUGCGAUUGGAAGGCGCGAGGUGUCCGGUUGCGAGAGAAGGAAGUUGCCGAGAAAGAAGCGAGACAGUUGUGUUAUCCUCUCUUCAAGUUGGUCGCCUUGCAUGCCCCGCCUGGGGUGCCCGCCUCAGGGCUGCGCGCCAGAGGAAAGAUCGAGUUCGAGCUUCCAGAUGCACCUCUUCCAUGGGAGAAUGAUGGCACGUCCCCUGGAUCUGAGCCAGACACAUCGGAUUCUUCAAACAGAGGAUAG